AUGCUUUUUCUCCCCCCCCCUCCUAAACAGCUGUUCGAAAAUUUCUCAAUCCCCGAUGUUGGAAGUCCUUUACAAGUGAGUUGUUGUGGUAUCAUAGAGUGGACGUCUUUGGAGUCCUUGUCCAGGAACCGCUCUGCACGGUCCCAUCCUGGUUGGGCUAAAAAAAGGCUUGGUCGAAUAAUAUGCGGCGUUAUUGUCACCUCGGAGAUCACUUUUUAAACACCUAACCCUUGCCAAGACCCGUUAUCUGUCUAGCAAUAUAACCCCGCCUCCGCGCCCAUUUUCUUCAUCUCCAGUCUUUCAUUUUUCUUCUUCUUAAUACCCUACCCAAACCCCCCAGGACCCCGAGAAGCUACGAGAAGUGAAGGGAAUAUUGACAGUGUUCGAAUGUGAAUAGGACAAUGGUAAACCGGGAUUUGAGGUUGAGCAUCUGAAGCUUUCCCUUGUUAUUCCUGGGCCCUGCGUCUGCCCGGUUUCAAGGAGCGAGGGGGUAGGGGAAAUAAGUGGCUGAGGCCGAGGUUGCGGUAAGCACACCUUUUUUCUCCUUCACCGGGUCCGUGUUAAAGGGAAGGAAAAAAAAAGGGAAGGAAAAGCGGUGAUGCGGAUGCACGGGAUUUGCUUCUAUUGAUUCUCAAUUCCUACGCUCUAUACGUUUCUCCAUUCUGAGCAUUUCUUCCGGGCCUGAGAGCGCGCACACCAGAUGGCAGAGAGCGGUUUUAUGGGCCGUGGUCGCUUCUUCCUGCCUACCCGCCUGCCUUUCUUUAGUAUGAUACUCCUGCUGUCUUUGCUUGUACUGGCUAUGGGCGACGGUAACAGGUUUCCUGCAGCGGUAUGUUCCCCCAAAAAAACCAGAAAUAAAUCGAGAUAUCACGACAAUGGCCAUAGGGAGCGCGGGAACGCCUAAUAUUUUGUGGCAACUGACAUGAAUUUUGGCACUAGCAUUACUUAGCAUUGCACAUGGAGAACCCGCUCGUCCCCUCUCGCCCCCUUCCAGGUGAUAGGGUCUUGCUCGGUUUCUGCCUUUUUUGAUAUGGAAUGUAUGGUUCGUGCCACCCGAAACGUGCACCAGGCUGGAACUUUUCAGUCGAUUAUAUCUCGCCAUUACGACCUUUAAUCACUUCAAAAAAAAAAAAAAAAAAAAACCUCUACAUUAUUCUCCCUAGUAUUUCUGAUAAUCUAGAGUUUUCUUUUUGAAUCAAUAUUUUAACUUAGUGGAGUUGUACAAGUGCCAGGCAAGAACUGGAUAAUUUGCUGGUUAACCACCCCCGUCUUGUAUCAUACGAAAACAUCUUGCCUGGCGCCUGUAUAAUCUUUUUUUUUUUUAAAAUGCCAAUCACUCGUGCAAGUUUUGGAUGGCACGAAUCAUACCGUCACAAAAUGUCUUGUUACCUUGAAGUUCUUAAGCAUUCCUAUGGGGUUUAUAUAAAAAUAGUAUCAUACUCC